UCGGCCUGGAAAAUGGCGGCUGGAGGUGCUGCGGCAAGUAGCCACGGUAGCCGUGGCUCGGCUGCCGCGCUGGAAUCAUCUUUAGACCGUCGUUUCCAAGUAGUAACAAAUACUAUGGAGUCAAUACAGGGAUUAUCAACAUGGUGCAUCGACAACAAGAAGUACCAUAACAAUAUCGUCCGCGCCUGGUUGAAAUGGAUCAAAAAAUCUGAUUCCGCUCACCGGCUCAACCUCUUCUACCUGGCCAAUGACGUCAUCCAGAACUGCAAAAGGAAGAAUGCCAUUGUCUACCGCACUUCCUUUACCACAGUGUUGCCUGAUUCCAUGGAGUUCUUUAAUGCUCCGGAUGAACCCAAAGUCCGCAAGGCGGUAGAGCGGACGCUGACCAUCUGGGAGGAGCGGAACAUUUACUCCGAGGAGUUCAUCGGCAAUCUAAGGAUCGGCCUCCAGGAUAAGGAACCCGAGGAACCAGCGGUUGUGACUCCUGUCCCCCCCACCCCUGCCGCCACCCCCAAAGUCAGCGCUGCACAGAAGUCCAAGAUAGUUGCGGAGUUUGUGCCCCAGUCCUUCGUUCAGAAGUUACAGAAGCACAGGUCGUCUGUGGACGAGGUGGACCUCCGAGAGAAACAGCUGGCAGCUAUGAGGGUGGACGUGUGCAGCUCGGAAGCCCUGAAGAAGCUAAAAGACAAAGCAGGAGGUAAGAAGUUUGCCAAGGACUUUGAGGAGGGCAGUGCCAAGCUGCAGGAGUUUGUGUCUAUAUUGGACGGCCAGGUGAAGAAAGGCCCAGAUCUGUUGGAGGCACUGCAGAGUGCAGACAUCUUCUACGAGAUGCAGUACAAGGAGGUCAAGAUCGUGACCAAAGCUUAUGAAACCUUCGCCAACCGAGUGAAUCACCUUAAGCGAAAGCUAGACUCCCUGAAGGCUUCCCUCCCCUCGCUCGACGACUCACCGGUCCCAUCACCCUGCGCGGACGCGCCGUCUCCCACUGGCUCAGAAUCGCCGUUCCAUGGCCUCGCUGCUCCUGACCCUGACCUGGACGGGGAUGCUAUGGACAACGACCCCGAACCCCUCAUCCCCCUGGGAGAUGCCCCCAGCCCACUGUCCUCGGCAGGAGGCUCCCCAAAACCAGAUGCUCCGAUGGGGCAGACGGACAACACAGAGGUGGAGGACAUGGAGCUGUCCGACAUGGAGGAGACAGAGGGUGGAGGCAUCAUAGUAGAGGAGCAGGUGGAAGCACCCACCGUUCCUGUGGUGUCCAAUCCCGUCCAAGCACCCAUUGCCACUCAACCAGCACUUACCAAUGAGGCUCCACCAGUAAAGCAUGCCACUCCCCCUUCUGAGACUCCCGCUGCUGUUGCUCCUCCUCCUGCUGCUGCUGCUGCUGCUGCUGCUACCGCCAUCACAGUGACUCCUACAACCCCGACAGUCCCAGCUAAUCUGGCCAACGUGGACCUUGGGAAGAUCAGUUCCAUUCUCAACUCAAUCAUGAAGAACACAGGAGUUAGCCCAGGUUCUCGGCCUUCCAGCGAGUCGCCGGUAGCCGCCACCAGCUCCCCGGUACCGCCUCUGAAGAACCCAGCACCGCCUCUGAAGAACCUGGUACCAUCUCAGCAGAGUUCCAGCUCCCUAGCCAGCAUCCUUUCCAAAGUGGACACCAGCACCAUCCUCAGUGCGCUCUCCAAAACUCAAGGCCAGACUGGAGGACUACAGGGUUUCUCCUCCAUUCUGAAUAACCAAUCGUUGAAGACCACAGCCAGCCCUCUUGCAAGCAUGGAGUUGCCCAGGACUUCUUCUUUUCCGGCACCUUCUAACAACCCAAUCCCAACCUCCCUCAACAAUCCUUCCUCCCAGGGACCACUUCUAAUGGGGAACAGCUCCAACCGGAAAGAAACGAUACCUUCCUCCUUCAUGCCUAUAUCUGCUUCUGGUAAUAUGCAGGCCAAGCCACUUCCAGAGAAGCGCGGGACUAACGAACCCUCAUCUUCGGCUGCUUUGUCCUCAAAUCUUGAUUCGAGGAUUCAUAACUUCUUCCAAGGGAACCAGGGCUUACGCGAUGGCUUGGGCUUCAACUCUGAGCCUCUGGGGCAAAGGGGCAACACUGUGCCCACUGCUCUUCUAGGACAGGUUGCCGCUAGCAACAGCCCAUCCUUGGGGCAAGAGAACUUGGAGGGGACCCCUGUAAGGGAUGAGUCUGGGGGUACUCCGACUCAAGAUGAAGUCUCUGAUGCCUCCUCGGGGAAUGUGCUGUCCAUGUUCCAGGGCGGAGUUCCUAAAACUGGUGUGAAUAAUCCGCCCUCAAAUCCGGGCUCCAGCCAGGCCCCUGGUGCGUACGAUAAUGAGUUUUGGAGAAAUUCAAAUGCACAGUCGAAGUUGUAUGGAGCUCCAAACGGUUCACCGUUCCAGCAGGGAGGCUACAAUGGGAUGGGCCAGGUCACUGGACCCCCUGGUUCUGAACUGAAUCCGUACCAGAAGCAGGUCCCAAACACAAUUUCUGGUGGCAAACUACAAUCUGAUAAUCAAGAGUCGAGACAUGACCCAAAAGGUGGUUGGUAUGGCCAGCCAUACAUGGACAAGUACAGUGACUCAAACAUGGCCGCCUCGUCAUUGAAUUAUGGGGAGGAGCAGCGAGAAAGUGAAGCCCUCCGCCCUGGCUUUUUCAACACGCCUUUGCCACCCAUCCCACAACUCCCUCCCCCACCCAAGGAGCUCUUGUCAGGGCCGCCUUCCAGUGGCAGACUGGGGCCUGGGCCCGGGCCUGUAGCAGAACCCCCUGAAGCAUCCAGCCACCCUGAUGUGUACCAUGACCCAUCCCACUUUGACCCUGUCCGAGAGGACCUGCUUCUGCCAUAUCCUGAGCCCGAGCCUUACCCUGAAGAGGAGAUGGGCCACCUGGGCGAACCCCCGUUCCCUCGUUCUCAACCAUACCCCCACCCCCACCCUCAUCCUCAUCUUCCCCAUCCUCGGCCACUGGGCCCUGGACUCGAUGGGGGCCCCAGACCCCCACUGCAUCACCCCCACGGUCCCCCCCACCCACUUCCUCGUCGAGGUCUGUCCCCCCCUCCAGGCCCCAUGGGGGACUACUAUGACUCUCACAGCCCCCCACCCCCACAUCUUAGACGGGGUUACUACGAAGACCGCAGCCCCUCCCCUCCUCCGUUUGAGGACCCUUACUACGACCGCUACUAUGACCGCGAAGCGCGGAGUCCUUCCCCACCUCCGUACCCAUACAGACAACCCCUGUCUCCCCGUGCCCUCUCCCAUCCCCCAGAGUUCGAUGUCUACGACUACGAACACGACCUUCAUCCCCCCGAGCACCGGCUUCCGCCACACCCCUUCCAUCCUCGCCCGCCACAUCCGAUGCACCACGCGGCCCCUAUCCCACAGAGGCCCCUGGGUCCAAGGCGGCCGAUGCCUCCGCGACCUCCCCGUCAUCCUCACGACCCCUACCGCAUGCCCAUUAAACGGCCUCCGUUCGGGGGUCCCCCGAGAGGCGGCGGCCCGUUUUACCCCCCAAAGAGACCGUACUUGCCCCCGCGCUUUUGA